GGAGUCACUCCGGUGAACGCAUCCCAUCUCCCUGUCCGAAGCUGCCCUGGCCACUCCCUACCCUAUCCCUCCCGCCCAUUUAACUGGCGGAAGCUUCUUAAACCCUUGACUCACCCUCUCCUUCAUCAGCUGCUCGCUUCCCGGGGCUACGGAGACAGAACAGCUUGGCUGUCUACUUCUCUAGCUGUGGCGAUUCUCCGCCCCCCCACCCCACCCCCCACUCCAAGAAAUCAGAAGGGUGGCUAUGGAAUAAAUUGUAAUUCUGAAUCAAAUUGCUGACUUCCAGAAGGGAAUCGGGACUAGCAGCACUGUGACUUUGGACCACCUCUUAGAAGACUGUUCAUUUUACCAGAAAAAGCUAAAGAUGGCAAAGUGGACCUGCUUGGUGUAUUUGGUCAUUGCAGUGCUGUCCUGGAGAGUUUGGGGUGACCUAAAUGGAACUAACAAUCUGGACUGCAAUUCUGUGAACUCUUUUGAUGAAUCUUUUGUCCUCCCACACUCCUGGAUGCCUUAUAACAUCUCUGUUUCACAAAGGACUUUUACUCCACAUGAUGAAAUCACAGUGACGCUACAAGCUACCAAUAGCACUGGAUUCAACAGAUUCCUGCUCCAGGCCCAAGGCCCUGAUGGAACUGCUCCUUUGGGUACUUUUCAAAUCACAGAUAGAAACACACAAGGCCUCACGUGUAAAAAUAUUGAGAACUCUUCAGUAAGUCACAGCGACAGCAGCAAUAAGCAGUUAGUCCAGACAAUUUGGAUAGCACCUCCUGAAAGUGGAAAUAUUCAGUUCAGAGCAACUGUGUUUCAAGAUUUGGAUGAACCUGGAGUUAGUAUUAAAAGCCAGACUCUCCAAACCUUGACAGGAUCAACUAAGGCUUUACAAUCAAUGAAUUCCAGUGACUGUGGUAAAAGCAAGUUUUGUUUCAGAAGUCCGGAAAAUUGUGACCCUACAGACACAGAUUGUCUGUUCAUGUCUUCUGAAUUGAUAGAUCGUCAGAGUUUCAGAUUUGAAAUGAGCAGCCUUUCUGAUGGUUAUGUUUCCAUUGGGUUUUCCAGUGAUACUUUAAUGGGGGAUGAUGAUGUUUAUAUCUGCAUGCUGAAUGAGACUGGACAAGUAAUAGUACAAUAUGCCUACGCGACUGGCCGAACACGUCCAGAUAUUAAACCUCUGGGUGAAGUGAGGAAUAUAGAGACAUCUUUCAACAAUGGUGUCAUCAAAUGCAGUUUCAUCACCAGCAAUCCCAUAUCAAUUGAACAAAGUGAUUCUGAUGACCUCUAUUAUGUUUUUCUGACUUUGGGGCCAGUUCAGAAUGGAAUUAUACGGAAACAUCCUGACAUUCCUUUAACAACGUCUCGGAAAGUAAACAUUUCUGAACCAACAGAAACAGCAGUUUCCUCCUCAUCUACACCAGUUCUUAUCAAAGUUCAUGGCUGUAUGAUGCUUAUCGCCUGGAUGACUGUCGGAAGUAUAGGCAUGGUCUUUGCCCAUUACUGGAAAGGUGUGAUGGUAAAACAAGUUCUUGGCAAAGAGCUCUGGUUUCAGGUCCACAGAUCUCUGAUGACAUUGACAGUGGUGUCUGUAAUAAUAGCUUUUAUACUGCCCUUUGUACAUGUCCAAGGAUGGAGUGGCAAUUGGUCGCAUCCUAUUUUGGGUUGUAUUGUAAUGGUACUGGCUUUCCUUCAACCAGUGAUUGCUCUCUUUCGACCUCCACCUCAACAUAAAAGGAGAAUUAUCUUUAAUUGGUUCCAUGCUCUAAAUGGUUUUGUAUUAAGGAUUUUAUCAGUUGCCACUAUAUUUCUAGGAUUGAAGAAUAUUGAUGCAUCUCCUAAUGGAUGGAUGGAAGAAGUGAUGGGGGGAUUAGUUGGCUGGGAAAUAUUAAGAGAUGUGCUGCUCUAUGUAAAUAUUUAUUUUUGGAGGAAAGAUGGUGAUGAAACCCCAAAAGGAAAGAUAAAAAAUGAAAACAUACUGGUAAUACUUUACCUGUGUGGAAACCUCAUAUUUGUAAUAACCCUGCUUGUUGGAAUUGGACAAUCCUAGAGAAAGUACCUUCACCAAUUUUUUAUUAAAUGAAGAUUCUGAAAAUCAUUGUCAUGUUGACUACUUUUUCUACCUAAUAAAAACUAGGAAAAUAA